GGAUCUGGACUCCGAGGAUGCGGAUCGAGUCCCUUCGACGCCCAACGGGACCAGCGCGAUCGUGGACGACGGGUUCCGCGGACGUCGCCCGCGGAAGUGCUGGCGAGGAUCGCCCCGUGCGCUGCGGGGCUCUUUUGGAGGUGCGAGGUGAUGUUUGGGAAACUCGGUACUUCGGAAGCACCGCCGCGGUUCGACCCCGUGUCGCUGGCCGUGGACAGCAGGGCCUUCUCUAUCGUGGUCUACUCGAUGAUCCUCCUCAACUGCGUCUUUAUGGUUCACGCGGCAAACGAGGAGAUUGAUAGGUACUCUUCGGGUCCCAGCGAGUUCGUUGUGAUCGUCGAACUGAUUUUUCAAGCAUUGUACACCAUUGAGUGUAUUGUUAAGCUGUGGCGCUUCCGGUUGUAUUAUUUUUACGACUCGAAUUGGAAGUACAAUUGGCUGGAUUUCUCGCUUCUCUUGAUGGGCGUGUAUUACAAUUUCUUUGAGAACCUGCUUCCAAAUCUUACUUGGUUGCGAAUGCUUCGAAUGCUUAAGCUUGCAAAAGCAUUGCGUGUGAUUCGUUUGAUAGCCAUGGUAAAGCCUCUGCGUGCAAUCCUCAAAUCGCUGGCGAGCACAAUCGGAACACUGGGCUGGAGUGUCGUGAUGCUGUCGGGGAUCUUGUUUCUCUUUGCGCUGAUCUUCGUCUUACGCGUGGCGAGCUACCUGGAGGAGCAGGAACUGGAUGGCUCUCUGGACCCACAGGUGCGCGACGGGCUCCUGCAGACGUACGGCAGCGUCGAGACGACCAUGCGGAACUUGUACAUAUGCAGCACUGGCGGCGAUGACUGGAUCGCUUGCUUCGAUCCGCUGCUGCCGACCGGGGCGGUCAACCAGUGGGUGUUCUUAGGCUUCGUGGCCUUCACCCAGAUCGCGGUCCUCAACAUCAUCCUCGGUAUCUUCGUCGACGAGGCGAUGAGGAGCAUGCUCGCCGAGACCUCGGAGAGGGCGCGGGAGCACGCGGAGGAGCUGCUGCAGACGGAGAGGGAACUUCGGGCGCUCUGCGUCGAGGCGGACACCGACGGCAACGGGAAGCUCACCCAGGGCGAGUGGCUCAUGGCAGUCAAGACCAGCAGACUCAAGAAUUACUUGCACAUGCUAGACUUCCGUUCGAGCGAGGUGAAGGAUCUCGUCGACUCGAUGUGCGAGCAGUCGCCAGACGGAGCGGUCGACAUCGAUGCGUUCGUCCGGGCGUGCAUGCGAUGCAGGGGUGCCGCCUCCCGCUUCGACGUGCAGCACGUGCUCCGCUCGAUCGAGGGCCUCCGCCAGUCCCUCCGGGCCAGCGGGAUCGACGGCCGCUUUACGCCGCCGGACGCGUCGACAGACAUCUGCCGGUAUGGACUCCGCGCUGCACGCAGCGCAGCUGCUCAGUGCAGCGCAGCUGCGCUGGUAGAUUUCGGUAAGUCUGACUGAUCUUGGAUCGACUUCCGCCGACUUGUUGCUGCCGUGCUGCUGUGCUGCUGGAGCGUGACGCCGUGACCGGCGAAGCUGUUCGCAACCGCCACCGCGCAUGGUAUAGUGGGCAUUCUCUGGAGAAGGUCCACGAGCGUGAGACGUUCGGCAUAAUAUGUGCAUCGUGCUCCGGGUUAAGGCCCGCGGGCCUCAUGUAUUUGCGGCUUCCAUCCUCGCCGCCUCCUUUCAGUGUGCCAGCUCUGUGGUGGCCCCGCGCUCUGUGGAGCCUGCUGCUGCAGUCGUCCUUGCGUCCCUCCCUCCCGCCUCCCCCCUAUUCCCCUUUCUGUCUCCUCCCCUACGCGCAUCCCUCCUGCCUGUAGCUGAGGUGUCGGCACUAAUUUCAAGAGACCCCCAAAGGAGGGAUUCGUCGGUGCCAUUCUCACAGUUCUCGCAGGGUAGCGAGGGCAUUCGACAGUCAGAUCGUGGCCUCGCGCGGCCACGGCGGCGUCUCGCCGUUGCCUUCUCCAGCAUGCUUCCUGUUCGGACGGACGCAGAUCUUGCGUUGGGGUGGUCUGGUUGGUUGUCAACGAUGGCGUGUCCCUCGUUUUUAGGGGGUCCUCAGAGGAGCGCUGGGCGGCCGCGCCCAAUGGCGCAACCGCGGCCGCCCGCGAGUGCCGGACCUUGGGAGCCGCGGUCUGCGGCGACGCGGCGCGCGCAGCUUGCUCUCCGCCUCCUCCUCGUCCUCCUCUUCCUCCUCCUCGUCCUC